AUCUCGUUUUCAAAGUCAAUCAAAAUCAAUGAAGUGAUUCCCAUUUUAAAUAUUUAUCAAAUAAUAUCAGUUAUUAAAUAUUUAUCAGUGUUCAAAUGACGAAUGAUCAAAGUGUGAUAUUUAUGCAAAAAAUUUAGCUCAUAGUUUCAUGUGAAAGCAAUUUUCCAGGAAAAUGGGAUACAAAGAGCUUUUAUUUUCCUGGAUAUGCACAGUCAGGCUUGUGCAUUGACCGCUCGAUGAAUAUCAUUCAUCUUGCACACCGAGUUAAAUUGCAUUUCUCCGGGGCGUCGUCCUGACGAGACAUUUUACAUCGUAAAUUUUCAUUUAAUACUCCACUUUCUCAUAUUUUUUGUUCUUUAUUGUUCUCGGCAUUUCUUCUUUACCUUCUGCUCCGCUUUUCACGAUCGAUUAUAUUUUUAAAGAGUCGAAUGCGAUUUAUCGUUACAAUUUAGAUGCGCCUGCGCUUUUAUCAACGAGAAAAAUACAUAGAUCAUUACGUUCAAUUAAUUGAUUUAUCAUUAAUUUUAAGCGAAUUUGUUGUAUAUUUAAAGUUAAAAUCUAUUUUACAUAUAGCUAACUCAUGAGAUAAUGCGAUUAGAGAAAUAAGCGGACACGUUACAAUACGUGUGAAAGCUUCAUCAGCCGAUGGAGAAAAUCUGAUUAAUGGAUUUCGUAUUCUCACGCCAUUAGCAACAUUCGGACAGGACAGAUUCCACUAAUGAUCGAACAUCAUCGCUCAAAAUGAGUCAGAAUACGAUAGAUUUUGACGAAAAGUGAAUUCUUCAUAAAUUGAUUUGAUUGUUACAUUUUUAACUCGAUCAGAAGCAAUAAGCAUGAAAUAAGCGACAGAGGAUAUUCACGAAUGCACAGUUAAUUGUUUAGAAUUGUAUACAGACGUGUGUCGUUUAGUUUAUAUUUUGGAUUUCGAUGCGAUGACGCAAGUGAUAUUGCAUUAUCAUUUCUCGGCCCACAAUGUGAUAGAUUGCUAAUUGAAUAAAAUUUGAAGUCGAAUUAAUAACAUUUGAAGAUAUGAAGAUUUGACGAAAACGAAUAUCACAAAUUCGUGGAACGAACAACUUUGGACGAAUAUGAUCAUAUGUUUGAUUUACAUUUUAAAAUUCUUAAAUAUAUUACAUCAAAGUAUUAUUAAUAUAACAAGAAUAAAAUAGAAUAAACAAAGAUAAGCGACAUAAAUAUUAUUAAAAAAUUUGUGCCAUUAUGAAACACAUUUCAUCAUUGAUGAAGCAUUAUAUUCAAGGAGUUAAUAAAUUUAAACAUUUUCCAUCGUAUUAAAUUUUUUAUAAUAACUAGUCACAAUAAUCAUGAAAAUAGAUUUUUGUCCAACUAAAUUGGUGAUCCAUCAUACUCUAAUAGUCAUUAUAUGAACGAGAAAUCAAUAAAAGCUCGUGAUUUACAGAAAUUUCCUGAAAAAAAAAAUAGAUAACAAAUGCAUCAGUAUUGUUCGAUAAGAAGGAGGACGUUUCCUGAUCAUACAGUCAGCUGCAAAUCUACAUUCAUAUAUGACUGUUUGGACAAACGGCAUUAAUUCUUGCUUUAUCACGGCCGAUGGGAAACUCUGUUUUCCCUGUUAUUUAUACGGUUGCUCGGAAACGUUCGACCAUUUAUCGGGCCACUGAGAAUGAUCGUGCAUCGCAAUUCCUCUUCAAAGUUUAACUGGAUCCUCAUUAAAGAAUAAUUAAAUUCCGAAGAACCGGUUUUGUGUUACCAGAUGAAUAUUUCCGCGGUACGAUCUAUUUAUAAAAAAUGAUGAAAUCCAUCCGAAAAGAAUUGGCGCGUUACCCGGCGAAAAAGGUUCUUCCAUUAACAAAGCCGCGGUUGAAACCAUUCGACGUUGAAACUACUUUCGCGGAAGUAACUCUAGCGAGAAAAGAGCACGCGAGAAAAUAUCACGGGCCAGACUCGCUUUUGUAUUCGGCGAUUUACCCCGUGGUGUGCAUAAUGAAAGUGUUCGGUUUGGCGCCCUACGAUUUCACGGGUGACGAGAUAACACCCUCGAACGUUUGCCUUCUAUUCUCGUUCGCCUUUAUUGGUAUUUAUUGCCACAUCAUAUACAUCGUGUACAGAAGAUUCCUCUACGUAAGGAGGGACAAAGCGAUUCUCAGCGUGGUGGAAACGACCAAGGUAACCGUCAAUUACCUCGUGGCUAUGUACGAUCUAAUUUCCACGAUAUUCACGAGGAAAACGUUCAGCCGAAUUUGGAACGCCCAGCAAGAUUUCGACGAGAGGCUCAGCCAAUUAGGCUAUCCACGAAAAGAGACAAAGAUCAAGAUCUCAGCUUGGAUACUUUUGGCGAGUCAGAUCGUUAUUUGGACGGCUGUUAAUCAGACUGGGAUGUUUGCUUUCGAAGAGACGUGGACGUUUAACGUGAGUUACAUGUGUACUUAUAUCGGUACUGCGACAGCUGUGUACAAAUUUUUCGGAAUGGCAAGCUUUCUCGGCCUCCGUUUCCAUCAGCUCAAUCAAAUCGCGAAAGAGAAUUUGCCACCCAGAGUUGGAUAUAAAAGCAGCAACAUCAGCAGAAAGACAAUCCAAGAUUUACACAACGAUUUGAUGCUAUCUAGCGAGACACUAGGUUCUCUUUACUCGUGGUCGCUAUUGUUCUGGCUUGGAAAUUUGAGUAUACACAGCGUCAGCAAUUUAUACUUCAUCAUCGAUUGGGUCAUCUUGACACCCUGGACCAACAUUGCUUGGCCUCUCAUCAUUAACAUGUGGUGUUGGCUGAUCGGAUUUAUAACUCAGCUUUUGGCCCUUCAUAUCGCUUGCGAUUAUACGAUAAACGAGGCUAAUUUUAUGGGCGCCAUUCUCAUCGAAUGGGAUGCAAGAACAAUCCAAAAAUUUCCAUACGAAGAUAGUUUUCGUACUUCUUUAUAUUUAUUAAACAGACGUCUUCGUUUCUCUGCUGGUGGUCUUUUCGAUAUUAAAUUGUCAUUGCUUUGCUCGAUAGUCGGUGUGAUGUCAACGUAUCUGAUAAUUCUUUUACAAUUUCCUUCAAGUUGAACGUUUCAAGAAUCGCGAUAAGAUUAAUUAAAUCUAUCGUCUUGGAAAAAUAUUUUUCUCGCGUAUUUGCGUCUAGACGAUCAAGCAUACUUGAAACUACUUUCUGGUUUGUUCAAGGUCAAAUGAAUGACAGUAGGAUCGAACUCUCUUUGUCUCAAGCAUUUCUUUUUUAUAUUUUUAAUAUUAUUAUAUAUUUGCAGAAGAAAUUACAAUAAGAUUCCUAUAUUUGAUUAAAAUUUUAAUUUAAAUUUAAUUAAAAUUUUAUAUAAUAUUCAAAUCAUAUUCAUAAAUAUUCUAAUACAUUCUAUGGUAAAUAUUCUUUAAAAUAUUUUUAUAAAUUUUAUUAAUGUAUUUGCAUGAAAAUUUAUAAUUGUCAAAAGAUUCGUCUUAAAUUUUAAGAGAAUCGAUUUUUUGAAAUUUACACUCGGAUUGGAUAGGAAUUUGUUAACUAGAGUGAGCAGGUGCGACAAUUUUCUCUUUGUUACGCUUUUAUCCAAUAAGUAAAGGACGUAAUUUAAUACUGGAAUAUGUUAAAAUUCGAUGAUAUUGAAAUGAAAAUGCAAAUUUAAAAAAAAUAAUGCAUUCUCAAAAAUAUUCUUGUAUUAAUUUACUUAUAAUUAUGUUAGAUAUAUGAUUAACUGAAAAUAAUAAUUUAUUUCUAUAUUAAUUAAAGUAAAUAAAUUUAAUAUGAAAUAUUAUUUGAUUUUUUAACCAUUAAUUUAGUCAAAUAAAUUUAUUUAUGAAUUGCAAAUUAUUUGAUUUUAACAAACAAUAUUAUUAUUAAUUUGUAAAUAAUAUGUAUAUAUUUGAAGAAGUGAAAUGUUAUUUAAAUCUCAAACAUAAAUAAUGAUAGUGAUAACUUAUGAAUAAUAAAUUAUUUGAUUUAAUAAAUAUAUAAUAUUUAUUAUACAAUAUAGAUUAGUAUAGAUUUAAAAUAACUGAAAUAUAUGUACAAUUAA